AUGUUGUGUAUUUUGUGGAUAGCGACGUUGUGUGCAAUUCUGCAAACAUCUCAUGGUUACAUUCUCCUCACUGCCAAUAUGGAGGACGUUCAAAAUCUAGCCAAACAACUAGCCGAGUCACCUGUUGUUAGCCAACUUAACAAAAUUUGGCGUAGAGCGUCAAGCCAAUUUCAGAAAGAAUUAAAUACAAGAAGAAAUGACGACACUGCUAGCGGUGAGAAAGGAAAAAACGGACGAUGUACAAACUGA